AUGAAUUCAACCAGAAGAUGGCAGUAACGCGAUAAGAAUCAUCAAGCUGCAGUCGAGCGACGAAGAAAAAGAAGACCAACAUGGCGUCCCUCAACAGUCAUGAGUGGAAAGCUAUCUGCGACAAAUUCACCAACGCCCAAAACCUUACUGAUGUGGAAUCUCGAAAUGACCCAGAAAAUGACCCUUACCGCUCCAAGUACAAAGCGAGGGAGCUCUACAGAGAGAUAUACUGCGCGCUUAAGAGUUUCGAGGCCGGUGAGGGUGAAGAGGACAGAGGCGGAGAGAGUGGCGAGCAGCGGCCGGUCGAGCCGCCUGAAAGCGGGCAGGGGGAAGAGGGGUUCGGGCAGGGCUUCAGCGGAGACUCGGUUGAAGGGCUGCGGGCCGCUAAGCUCGGGGCUGUGGAGUAUUAUUUGGGCGUUAACCAUGUCGACACAGAGGAGCUGUCAGCCGGGCAGGAGCAUCUGAUGAACUGCAUGAAGCUGCUGGAGAGAUGCAGAGUGUCAUCCGAGAAUGUCUCGUUGUUCAUUCAUGUCAGGAAUCAGUUGGGCAUCCUUUGGGCGGGCCGGGAUGAGACAGAGAUGGCUCAGGGAUUCCUUGAAACAGCUGAAUCUGUUUACCAACGUUAUAUGAAGGAGGAUGGAAGUCCUCCCACUGAUAUGACAGAGUACUUUACCACUGAGGAAAAGCUGUUGACACAUCAAGACAGGACCAAGAGGUUUGAGUUGGCCUACACUCACACCAUGUAUUACCUAGCUCAAGUCUAUAAAAACCUUGGUGAAACUGAGCGAGCUGCCACGUACUGCCACAGCACUCUACAGAGACAGUUACAGCUGAAUCAGUUUAGUCCGAUGGAGUGGGCUCUGAAUGCUGCUACACUAUCACAGUAUUACAUCACUAAGGGUCGAUACAUGGAGGGCAGACAUUGCCUUGCAGCAGCUACUGUCAUAUCCGGUUUGGCAGGAGAGGCUCCCUCUGAAGCUGCUGCACAGGAGAGUGAGACGGAGAGGGAUCGCAGGGAACAGCUCAGACAGAAGAGGGCAGAGAUUGCAAGAUGUUGGAUCAAAUACUGUCUCAACGUCCUGCAAGAUGCUAAGAAGCUACUUGAGGACAACAUAGGAGAGCUAGACACUGAACGUCAAGAAGAGCUAAAACGAGCAAGAAGACGUGAGGAGGAGGAGGAGGAGAAGGAGAGGAAGAGUGCUAUGCUGUUUGGCUCUGAAGACACAUUCGACUCCAUUGCUAGCCUGGAAGAGAAGGUGAGCUGUUUGCUCCCUCUGGACUUCACUGAAGCUAGAGCUGUCUUCCUGAUUGGACAGAAUUAUGUCACACAGGCCAAGGACUACUUUGAGAUGGACGGCUAUGUGACAGACCACAUAGAGAUCCUGCAGGAUCACAGUGCUCUGUUUAGGUCCCUGGCUUUCUUUGAAGAGGAUAUGGAACGACGUUGCAAAAUGCACAAACGACGAGUGGACAUGCUGGAGCCAAUAUGUAAUGAUCUGAACAGCCAGUAUUACCUAAUGAUCCGCAGACAGCUAAUGUUUGAGUUGGCUGAGAUCUACAAUGAAAUGAUGGACCUCAAACUAACCCUGGCAAACAGACAAGCAGAUACAGAGUCCUUAGAUAAUCACACUAUUAAGAAAUUCAACCAUCUCUGCUCUGCCUCUGCUAAAUUUUUCCAGAUGUUCUUGGACUCUCUGUGCUCUCCGGAGGGAAAGGUCCCAGAGCACCUGGAGGAGGAGGUGCUCAGACCGGCUCUGGUGGCUCGUUUCAGAGUGGCCCGACUCCACAGCCGACUAAUCAGUUCUGUGCCAUCUGUUCAGCUGGAAAACCUCAACAGGUCUCUGGAACAUUAUAAAUACGUGGUGCAGUACUGUGAGGCUCACCCUGACGCAACUGCUGUCGUCAUGACGGAGCUGGAGCUGAGUACGGAGAUGGUCGGCCUGCUUCCUCUAAAGAUCAACCGCCUGAAAGCAAGGAUGGCUUUAAACAACUGAAGGACUCCAUUUUUCACUGACUGCCUAACAGUAACUAUCUAACCACAUGAGCUAGACAGAAUCAGUUUACCACCUCACAGUCACACUACUGUACAGCUGAUAGCUUUUUAUUUUGCAGUUGAAUGCAUUACACACUGUACAUAUGCGCUCUCUACUGUGUAAUGUAAUGUGUCUUAUAGUUCAGGUAGCACAGAACAAAUACUCUGCUAGUUAAAAAAAAAGUCAAGUGAGAUUCAUACAUGUUUAUAUUGUUUUUGAUUUAAUGUGGCUAUAUUUUGUUUAAAGCACAGUCGAAUUGUGCUACUUAAACUAAUGUUUUUCGCUUAUAUUUAAAAAAAACUAUAAAGGCCUUGGCAAUAACAAUAGACAGCCUGAGGUACAAAGAGUGGAAUUGUUCCAGUCCAAAUAGUCAAAACUGUAUUAACUUUCAGAAACACUUUUGUUUGAAGUUUACUUGACCUCACUGAUGCUGGUUUACAAGUCAUCUUAAUCUGCAUGAUGCUACACUCUUCCAGGUGAAUCUGUGUUUUCUUCCUGUGUCUGAAAAAACACAAUAUGAUCCUGUUCAUGUAUUGUAGAUAUUGUAUGUUAUAAUAAAAAAAAAAACCCAAGGACAUUAAACGCUCUAAGUAUCAAAAAUCUGAUAUUUGUCAUGCUUGCCAUUCAAAACUGGGCCCCUCUGUUUAUCCUCUGGUGAUCUUCCUUGUAACAGAACCACCAAGUUGAUUCUAACAUCUGUUGGUCAGUGAAUAAAACAAUAAACUGUC